UCUGUUCCACUAAAUAAGGCAUUUUCUGUAAAUCAGUGAAGUUAAGCACCACGUACAUGCACAGCUUCAACUUUCUGAAGCAAUUAUCUAAAUGGGUCUCUUUUCCGUGUGUUCCUGCGCUGGAGGAGGAUUAGAGGAACGACAGAGCGGCCUCGGGGGCGGGGACGCGACGCGCGCCGCGGGUCACAUGAAGCGUGUUGUAGCAACACGAGUUUCCAAGAGGAGCCUCAGUGGACUCAUGAUGAGACAUUCACAUCAUGAUGCACAGCUCAUAUGAUAUUUGACUAGAGAUUUCAGUGCAGGAGUAGUGUUAGUUUGCAGCACUGAUCAAUGGCUGCUGAUGCGGAGGAGGCAGACUGUGAUCUGACAGCACGAGACUGUUCCCCGGUUAAUGAGCUCUCCUUCAGCCUGCAGAACCUCCAGUGUCAGGAUGGGCUGAGUCCGAAGAGCUCGCCCCCCUGGAGAAAGCUUGUUUUGACGCCUGAAUGCAUCAGCCCACCGCUCAACACCCUCUCCAGGGAGAAAGAGACGCCGACAGUGAGAAGAAGACGAGCAAGAAGCCUGUCUCCUGACUCCUCUUCAAACACGCCCAGGAGUCUGUGGAGGAACCGUCGCGAUUCUCCUACCAAUAAGGAGAAUGAGCGAGCCAUUAAGCGACUGCGCGUGCGUCUAUCCAGUAGAUUCUCCGCUGCAGAUGAGGCAGGACCAGCGGGCCGAACAGGGAGACAGUACCGCAGUGACCCAGAAGAGGACGCCAGUCACCCACCAGAGACGGACGCGGUCGACCUGACGGCGGCUGUGAGGCUCGGACAGCUGAGGUCACAGAGGAAAGCCCCGCCCACACACGUCACUCAGGAUGCCGUCAGUGACCUCACACUCAUAGGAGACUUCAGUAAGCAACACCUGCUUCCUGUUGAGAGUGGUGGCCAUCAGGAGCUUCACUGUGUCAGCGCUCACACCGUGGCGUCACUGAUCAGAGGUCAGUUUGGUCCUGCAGUCGAGGAUUUCCUCAUCGUUGACUGUCGUUACCCGUACGAGUACCGAGGAGGACACAUUAGGGGAGCAGUGAAUCUGUACACUGAGUCUCAGAUCCAGCAGGCGGUGCAUCAGGCCUCGGCAGGAGCUGAACUCUCCCCCUGCCCCGCAGGAAACACCUCCUCCUGGAGGAUGAGGGGGCAGCGGGCAGCUCGUCCAUCUGACUCACUCCCAGAGGAGAAGGGCUCGUCGCCACGGAAACUGAUCGUCUUCCACUGCGAGUUCUCUUCGGAAAGAGGCCCACAUCUGUGUCAGUAUCUGAGGAGGCUGGACAGACGAGUGAAUGUGUAUCCCAGCCUGCACUAUCCUGAGCUCUACCUGCUGCUGGGGGGUUACAAACUCUUCCAUGCGUCUUACCCGGAUCUGUGUGAUCCCUGCGGUUACGUGACCAUGCGCCACCGCGAGUACCGGGAGCAGCUGCACGGAUACCGCAGGAGAAGACCAACACGGCAGCGAAGACGACGGCCAAUCAAAAUACAUCAGAGAACCACACGUUAACUAUUAUUUGUAAAAAAUAUUCUAUGUACUAUUAUUAUAAUAUAAUACCUUUGCUCAUUUAUUUAUAACCUUCAUGUACACAUCUCUCAACUAAUCAACUAAUCUGUAGGCCUUCGAAUAAAGUCUUUCAAACACAGACUGUGGUUUAUUGUUAAUGUUUUUUUUUAAAUGUAAAAUGAAAAACAUUGGAAAGGGGUAUUUUAUUUUCCAUAAGUAUC